GGGAUUUAUCUCCAAUAUCGUGUUAAUCAGAAAUCAUUGUUGUCAGUAGCUAUAUUAACUGAAAGUGAGCUAUCCGAAAGUGGAAAAAUUCUCCCUAAAACACCUGUAUUUUUCAAUGUUUUGAGUGGAAAUCCGAAAUUUCAAAAUAAAUUCAAAAUUGAAACUUUUGCGAUGAGCCAUAAACCAGUUGGUGGUCCAGGAAUUCCAAUUUCCGAAGUUUUGAAUUCAAAAAAUGGAUUUUUGGAUGAAAAUGGAUCGAUGACAAUUGAAUAUGGAUUUCAUUUUGAUGCUAUUUUUGAUGAAGAUCAAGAAAUGUGGAAAUUCAAUUUGGAAUCCAAACUUUUUGAUUGCGAAUUGAAGAAAAAUAUGAUAACUUUUGAAAAAGGAGAAAAAAUGCUCUAUUUUUCACUUUACAUCCGGAUUCUCUGA